CAGCAUGUGCAGACACCACGGUUAAAUAGGACACUGACAGAAAGUGCAUUUAUUAAUUUCUAAUUUUAUUUUCGAUCCCUUACAUUAUGUUACUUUUCGUAGCUUUGAGUCUCGCUCUCCACCUUGCUAAUGCAGGUUACUGGGGACGGUGUAUGUAUCGUGACAAAUACCUAAGUGGUUACAGUGAUAUCACUAUCGGAACGGCCUGGUUCGAUACUCUAUACGAUGCAGAGUCCGAGUGUCCCAGACGACCUGAUUGCGGAGGGAUAACGUACGAGACUUACUCCAAUAAGUACACUCUACGAAAGGGGUCCGAGCUGAAAGCUAGUCCAUCAAACGAAAUUUCAUGGAAAAUGAAUCCCUAUAUACAGUAUAAUGGCAAGUAUCUCAGUGGUUACAGUAACGGACAAGCCAAGUUCGAUACUCUCUCUGAUGCUGUAGCUCAAUGUCCCCAACGAUCCGAUUGCGGAGGUAUAACGUACGAGACAUACUCCGGAAAGUACACUCUACGAAAGGGAUCUGAGCUGAAACCUAGUCCAGCCAACGCAAUUUCGUGGAAAAUGACUCCCUGUGAGCAUGGGGGUAAACUUAUGGCAUGGGGGUGAUUCGGACUCUUACAUUCAUACAAAUUAAUAACUAUAGAUUGUAGUAUGCUGAAAUGUCAACAACUGUAAAUUCAAGGAAUUAAAAUUUUCAAUUUACAAUACACAAAUUAUUAUUUUGCAGAAUAUAUUAGUAUAUUGAAUUACUAUAAAUAGUAAA